AUGAUUUUCCCUCUCAGACUGUCCCUGUGUCUCCUUCACUUUUUCAUACAUCCUUCCAGAGUGCACACAGCUGCCCUGGGCAUCAGGGGAUAUUUAGCAACUGGCCUGUAUCCUCUUGCCCCCAACCCCCCUCAUUGUGACCCUGGGCUAAAGAGAAGUGCGCUGUUGCAGGAAACAUUGACCUUCAGGGACGUGUUUGUGGACUUCACCCUGGAGGAGUGGCAGCUACUGGAUGCCGCUCAGAAGAACCUCUACAGGGAUGUCACGCUGGAGAACUACGGCCACCUGCUCUCUGUGGGAUACCUCAUGGCCCAACCAGGCGCGAUCUUCAGGAUGGGACAAGUUGAAGAGGAGGCCAGGAUGGCAGAUGGACAAACCCCAAAGCGGAGCUGUCCAGAAGUCUGGCAAGUUGAUGACCAGAUAGAUAACCACAAGGAAAGCCAAGACAAACCUCUGUGGCAAGCUGCAUCCAUAGAUAAGGAAACACUGAAGGAUGGGAGUGGGCAAGAAUUCAGAACAUGCAGAACGAUCAUUCCAAGCACAGACUUUAUAAGACAAACACUCCCUAAAUAUUACUCAUGGGGAAAGUGUUCAAAACAUAAUUUAAACUUUCCUAGGCAAAAUAGAAGCUACGUAAGAAAGAAAAGUGAUGAAGAUAAGGCAGAUUGGAAAUUAUGCUUCCAUUCUAAUCUUGAUAAAGCUCAACCUGGGGAGAAAUUCUUUGAGCCUAAUCAACAUGGAAGAGCCCUCCACCAUAGGCAAGCCCUCAAUAAAAGUCCAAGAACUCAAAGUGGGGAGAAACUCUUUAAGUGUUCUGAAUGUGGAAAGGUGUUUAUCCAGAAAGCAAACCUUGUCGUACAUCAGAGGACUCACACUGGAGAGAAACCUUAUGAAUGCUGUGAAUGUGCAAAAACCUUCAGCCAGAAGUCAACCCUCAUUGCACACCAGAGAACUCAUACAGGGGAGAAGCCCUAUGAAUGCAGUGAAUGUGGGAAAACCUUUAUCCAGAAGUCAACACUGAUUAAACAUCAGCGAACUCACACAGGAGAGAAACCAUUUGUAUGUGGUGAAUGUGCAAAAGCUUUUAAGAGUUCCUAUCACCUCAUUAGACAUGAAAAAACACACAUUAGACAAGCAUUUUAUGAAAGUAUCAAAUGUGGUAAGUCCAGCCUUGAACAUCAGCGGACUCAUACGGGUGGGAAACCUGAGUGCAGUGAACAUGGGAAAGCCUUUGAUGAGAAACCCACAUCCGUUAAACAUCGGAGAACUCAUACAAAAGAGAAACCUUGUAAGUGCAGUAAAUGUGGAAGAGGCUUCCGGGGAAAGUCACACCUUUCUGUUCAUCAGAGAAUUCAUACGGGUGAGAAACCCUAUGAAUGCAGCGUAUGUGGGAAGACUUUCAGUGGGAAAUCACACCUCUCUGUCCAUCACAGAACUCAUACAGGGGAGAAACCUUAUGAAUGCAGAAGAUGUGGGAAAGCCUUUGGUGAGAAGUCAACCCUUAUUGUACAUCAGAGAACUCAUACGGGAGAAAAGCCCUAUAAAUGCGAUGAAUGCGGGAAAGCCUUCAGUGAGAAGUCACCACUGAUUAAACAUCAGAGAAUUCAUACCGGAGAGAGACCCUAUGAAUGCAGUGACUGUAGGAAGGCAUUCAGUAGGAAGUCAACUCUCAUUAAACAUCAGAGAAUUCAUACAGGAGAAAAACCCUAUGAGUGUAGUGAAUGUGGGAAAGCCUUCAGUGUGAAAUCAACUCUCAUUGUUCAUCACAGAAUGCAUACAGGAGAGAAACCUUAUCAAUGCAGAGAAUGUGGCAAAGCCUUCAGUGGGAAGUCAACUCUCAUUAAACAUCAGAAAAGUCAUACAGGAGAGAAAACCUACUCAUAUACUUUUGAGUGAGAUAAUUUCAUUAGUUAUACCAUAUAUGUUAUGUGUGUGUAUGUAUAUAUAUAUAUAUAUAUAUAUAUAUAUAUAUAUAUAUAUAUAUA